UAGGGGUGUGGGCUAUUGUGGAGUUAGUAUUCUAAUGGGUUUCUAGAUAGGAAACGUGUGGUUUAAGUCUAAUGGGUAUGGGAGUGAUGUAAAUUGCAGUGCAUAGGUAAUAUUUUAAUAUUUUUGCAAUUGUCCGACUCUAAGUUUACUGGUUAUAUAUAGCUACACAUUCAGGCCUCAAAGCAAAGCAAAGCAAAAUAUUACAAGUUUCUUUCAUCUGUGCUAUCACAAAACGAAGCAAAAUAUUACAACUUUCAGCUUUCAAAAACCAACAUGACUGGGCAGUUCAUAGUUGGUGCCCAGCUUCACCCGCAACAGACUUCUAAGGCCAUUAGAUUGCGUUGUGUGCGGAGCUAUGUUGUCACUGAAAACAGAGGACAAAAACAAAUUAGAAGUCAAGAGUGUGUGUUUCAUGAUCAAGAGGGUAUUUUUAUUCAUGUUCACAUACCUAAGGAUAUUGUUGCAACAUACCAGAAUAUGUUCAAGGAGGGUAAAGUCUAUGGUAUUCGAAAUUUCCUAUGUAUCACUAACUUUUUCAAGUAUAAAACAAGCACACAUCGUUAUAUGAUCAAAUUCAAACAUGACACUGUUGUGAAGCAAUAUCAGCGUGUGAAUUUCCCUAAAACAAUGUUCCGGUUUAAGAGUUUCCCGGACAUACUUUCAAAGAAGAAUGUUGAUGAGAAAGUGUUGAUCGGUAAGAGUUUAACUGGAUGCAUACAUAUAUAAUACUCAAAUGAAGGAAUGCUACUUUGAUUAUGUUUUCAACCAUAGCCAUCAAAACUAA